AUGGGGAACAACCACACCAGAAAUGUCUUUGAUGAAUUGCCGGAUUUACGAGGUAUUGUCGGUGCUCAUAGAACGGCUGUAGAAAAUUACGCAAUUGCCAAAGGUUUUCCAUACAUUCUCUCAAUGCCAUUGGAUUCCGAGAUUGAAGCAAGACGACUUUUGGGACCCCCGUAUAAAGAUGUCAUGCUCCACAUGUGGCCCUCGCCUUCGAAUCUUGCUGACGCCAUCAUCAACUAUCUGAUUCAGAAUAAGUUAACCAAUGUCCAUGUACUGUAUGGAGGAGAAGUGGAUCGCUUGAGCUUGCCUGUUUAUCUAGUAUCGACGCUGCAACAGAAUGACCUUAUAGAUCGUGUUGGCAGUUCCUACAUCCCGGUGGAAUUGGAAAAUGUCCAGGAGGAGUUCUAUAAAGCGGAGCUUGAUAAUAUAAGUGAUGAAAUCAAGGCAACAUCAGCGAAGGCCUUCAUUGUGACUCUCUUUAACUACGACCCCGUUACUACCCUUAAAGAGAUUCUAGAUCUCUCCACGUCGAAGGGUUUUGAUUGGACUGGCACCCACGUUAUAAUUGCUGACAUGGCGCGGAAUUCAGACAAAAGUAUCGUUCCCAGACUGGCCGAAAUAAAGUCAACCCGAGCCAAACUAAUUCUCAUUAGCCCUUAUCAGCUACGUACAACUUCAGCUGCGGUGGACAAAUCACUGUCCUAUAACAUCAUUCGGGUGAUUGGAAAAGGAAUUUACGGAUCUACUCUAGACAUUUUAAAGAAUAACACGAAUCUCGUAAAGGCACUUAGACAUGUCACAUUAACUGCAUCGGUAGCAAAAUGUGAAUCAUCUGAAGAGUUCAUAUACCAGCCAGUCGGAUUCAAUGACAUAAACGGCCUUCGUGACCAAUUCACAUUACUGUUCACCAAGCUCGAGACCAAAAUCACAAAGAACUCGAGAUCAACAAACCCCAUAGUGACAGACGCAUACAGUACGUGCAUACCUGAUGAAUAUUCAUAUAAUUCGUCGGAGUGCGCUUCGAAUCAAGCAGUUCUUGUAUGUGAGAAGAAAAAGACUAAUAAAGUUAGGAUUUUAGUCGUUGUGUAUCCACCAUUUAUCGUCAGGCGCACAGGGCUGAAUGGAAACUUCACGUUUGAAGGUGCGGGAAUUGACAUUCUCGAUCAGAUUAGACUUGCAAUGAUCAAUAUUGGCAAGAAGUUGGAAUACGACAUAACAGAGGAGGAGAGUUACGGCAUGGAGACCAACAGGACCUGGAACGGAGCUAUUGGAAAAUUAAUUGCGCCGGACGUGAGGAAGACGUCUGAAUUCCAGAUAGCAGUAGGCUUCUUCAGUAAGACUCCGGCGAGGAUGGAAGUGGUCCAGUUUACGCACGGGUUUGUUAGCAGUGGUAUAUCAUUUCUCUACCGGAAGGAAGCUAUUCAGAGUUAUGUUCGAUUCAUGAAACCUCUUCAUUUGUACGUUUGGUUGGCAAUAUUUGGAGUUAUCAUUGUAUCAACUCUAGUCGUGUAUGGAUUUGAUCAAUGGAACCCGAUGCAGAAUAACCUCAGAAAGAGAGACAGGUACUCCAUGAGUGAAAGUGCGUGGUUUGCCUAUUGUACCAUCAACCAGACAGGCACUAAGUUUGCACCAUACCAGAUUCCGACAAGAGUCUUCACUGUGUUCCUGUGGUUCUUCACUCUUAUUGUUGUGGCAAGCUACACAGCUAAUCUAGCAAGCUUUUUAACAUCUAAGGCCUACAGUAAUCCUGACUUGAGCACAAUCAAGUCACUUGCGUACACAAACAGACAUACGCUGUGGGCGUUAAGAGACUCAAGUAUAAAAAGCUUCUUCAGAGAUUCCGACGUGCACGAAUAUAAAAGAAUUUACAAGAGGCUUCGUUAUCUAUCGAAUACAAGAGAGGGACUUAAGUUGGUUAGAGAGAGAGAUAAUACUUUAUUCCUUGGUGAAAGUCUUACAGUGAACUACAAUAAAGGCCAGGAUGCAACAUGCAGUAUCGCGCAAUCGGAGGAUAUUAUUGAUGUUACAAGCGUCGGGUUCCCCAUGGUGAAAGGCUGGAGCCUCGCGGAUGAUUUCAACACAGCACUGUUAAAGCUGAAAGAGGACGGGGUGAUCCAAAAUAUCCUAGAUAAGUGGUUUAAGCUUCCGAGUAAGUGUCGCGGAGCAAGCGAUGAAAAUUUAAUCACGCUAGACUGGACGCACUUCAUUGGCCUAUACAUCAUUCUUGGAGUGGGAAUCCUGCUUUCUUUUAUUCUUCUUGCCAUCAAACUCAUCUAUUUAUGGCGCAGAGAUAGGACGACACAGGAACAUGACUUAUCGACGCCGGUCCAAUCAACAUUAAAUUUGACUGAAUUCAAAAACUUCAAUAACCCGAGCUCCUAUUUUGAAGAUCGUGGUUAUACUAACCCGAGUAUGAAUAACCUAACUGGAAGUCCUCGGCACAAUGCCUCCAAGAACGCUACCCCAGAGCCAGACGAGCUACUUUAUUGAAAUUGCAUUCCAGGUGAA